AUGGAUACUCUUCACGCACCGACUGUGCCCUCUGGGCCGACAUCAAAUCUCAGCCAGAGAAACGGCGACGCAGGGAAGCAGAGCUUCGCAGAACUCCAGCGCAAGAAGGACGAUAUGGAGGCAGAACUCAAAGCUUUGGGAAGUGUCCUUGAUUCGCACGGCGUCGAUAUGCAAACGCCGCUGUUGACUAGAGAUGGCUUUCCACGUGCCGAUCUCGACGUUGCUCAGAUCCGCACAACAAGAGCGCGCAUCAUCCGCCUACGUAAUGAUUACAAGGAUCUCAUGACGGCGAUAGAAAAGUAUCUGCACGAACAUUUUGCAAACAUCCAAGAUGGUGAUGAAGCUCCUAGUACAGCUGGAGAUGAGCUUCGAAUUUUACCGGAUUCUCAUCCCGAACAGUUGGAUGAGCCGUUUGCAAAGGUCAACACCGUUGCGGCCAACAGUCCAGCUCAGCAGGCUGGCUUACAAGCUGGUGAUGAGAUUCGUAACUUUGGCUACGUGAACCGAUCAAAUCACGAUGGUCUCAAAAAGGUGGCAGAAGAAACAUCUUUAUCAAAGUAUCUCGACCUGAUGGAGUUGCUCGCCGACAGGAGCUGA